ACUUUACUGUGAUACAGAUAAUAUCCUUAAAACAUUCAUAGAAUACUUAAAUUAUACCAGUGACCAUAGUUAUAUGUUCUUAUAAUACACACCUGUGAAAUAAUACUAAAAGCUACUAGAUAGUAUACAUUUUUUAAAAGAGAAAAAAACAUCGAAGAACUCAAAUACAAAAGUACCUAAUUUAUUAUGCAAUCCGGCGCUCAACACAGAUAAAUCUGUUCAGAUGAAAUGUUAAAAUUGAAACUAAUUGGUGGAACUCAUCGAUCUUGUCAAAAUCAAGAGUGAAUUUUUAUUGGUAAAUUAAAGUGACUGACUUGUGAAAACGCACUUGUUUUACGGAAAGUUUAAAAGCCGAACUUAAUUUUAGUCGUCAAUGAGUGAAAGUUAUUGCCUGCAAUGGAUUCAAAAAUCAUAUUGAAGGAAAAAAAUCCACAUGAUAAGGCUAACAUUGCAUCCAAGAUAUUUUUAACAUGGAGUUUCAGCUUGUUCAAAAGAGGCUACAAACAAGCAAUCACCCUUGAGGAUCUCUGGCAGGCUCGUGAGGGCGACCACUCCGGCGCCCUCGGCGACAGACUCGAGGAGGCCUGGGAGUAUGAGCUCGACAACGCCCGGCGGAAUGGCGGCAAACCGUCCCUCUCACGGGCCAUCGUUAGGUCCUUCUGGGUAGAGUACAUGCUCUGCGGACUUGGCGUUGGUUUACUUUUUAUCGUGUUAUGGCCUUUGAUACCAUACACGUUAGCUUUAUUCAUAGCAUAUUUCGCCGGGGAAAAGAAUGCGGAAACUUAUAAACAAGCACAUAUUUUGAAUUUUUCUAUGAAUUUACUGAGUAUAGUUACCGCCAUAAUGAUGAACCACAUGACAUUGGCUCAGGCAUGCAUUGGAAUGAAGGUUCGAAUAGCAUGUUGCUCAAUCAUGUAUAGAAAGAUACUGAAGCUCGAUCGCGUUGGAAUGAGUAAAACAGAGCCGGGCCAAGUUAUAAACUUGAUGUCGAAUGACGUAAACAGGUUUGACCUGGUGUGCCAGUUUCUGAACUACCUAUGGGUGAUGCCCAUCGUGGUGCCCGUGGUGUCUUAUCUGGUCUGGCAGCACGUCUCCUACGCCACCUUCGCUGCUCUGUUGGUCAUAUUUUUGCAGACCGUGUUGAUUCAAGCUUACCUCAGCAAUCGUCAAGGAGUUCUGCGAGGGAAGAUAGCAAAACGUACAGAUGAGAGGGUCAGAGUGAUGACAGAAUUAAUUAACGGAGUGCAGGUCAUUAAGAUGUACGCCUGGGAGAAACCUUUCGAGAAACUGGUCGACACUUUGAGGAAGCUCGAAAUUAAGUUCAUACGUCGCACGUCAAUGAUCAAAGGGUUCUCUACGGCUCUCAUGGUGUUCACGGAGAGAUUCAUCUUGUUCGCGACCAUAGUAACCUUUGUGGUGAUGGGUGGAGAAAUCAGAUCGGGAAUUGCGUUUUCUUUGAUCCAGUAUUUCAAUCUGUUGCAAUUAGCUUGCAAUAUUUUCUUCCCCAUGGCUCUUUCGUUCCUCGCUGAAACUAAAGUGUCCAUCAGACGACUGGAGGAGUUCCUAUCAUUAGAAGAAAUAAACGAUGGCAAAGAGAAGGAAGCGGAGAAGACCAGAUUGAGUCUCUUGAAUGGUACAGACAGUAAAUUGGAUAAAGCUAAUCAAAAGGAGAGGAUGAAGCCAACCGCCUUGGUGCUGUCUGGAGUUAGUGCGAGCUGGCAGCCCGAACCCAUCGUCUAUACUUUGAGAAACAUCUCGCUGACAGUACCACCUGGGGAAUUCAUCGGAAUUGUUGGUCUCGUUGGCUCAGGGAAGUCGUCGCUGCUGCAACUACUCCUGGGCGAACUACCACCAUCAGAAGGGUCAUUAUCUCUCGGUGGCUCCCGCAUAUCCUACGCCAGCCAGGAGCCGUGGCUCUUCGUAGCUACAGUCCGCCAGAACAUUCUCUUCGGCCUGCCUUAUGAUCCCGUGCGAUACAAGAAGGUGGUGACCGCGUGUGCCCUUUUGAGAGACUUUGAGCAACUUCCAAAUGGAGACGCGACGCUGGUUGGCGAGAGAGGCGCCAGUCUUAGUGGUGGCCAGAGGGCUCGAGUUGGCCUCGCAAGAGCAUGCUACAGAGAGGCGGACAUUUACUUAUUGGACGACCCGCUAUCUGCCGUGGACACGCACGUGGGCAAAGAGCUGGUAGCCAAGUGUGUGAUGGGCCUGCUCCGACACUCCACGCGAAUCCUCGUCACUCAUCAGCUGCAUCAUCUCAAAGCAGCUGACAGAGUCGUCAUACUUCGCAAUGUAAGUCCUAAAAAAGCAUAA